GCGUGAUAUUCGGACCAUCCAUCUAAAUUCGGACUAUUACGCUAUGCCUAGCGCUGAGAACCAACGAAGAACUGGAGGGUCUACAUUUAAGCCCGACUGGGAACUUUCAUCCUUGUUUAUGUCAGAUAAUGGUGAUGCUAAACAUUCAGUGUUCGGUUGUGUAGCCAACUGGCAUUACAAACAAAAACAUUUGGAAGAAUUAGACUCCACUCUUGAUUCCAGUCGCAAGGAGAAAAUUAAGAAAUUUAAAAAGGAAUUGGCAUUGUCAACAAACAUUGAGAAAUCUGAUGAAAGUAAACUGCUAGCCAACUCAAAGUGGGUGGCUGCAUUAUUGUUUCAUGCUGAUAUUAUCUGUCAUCUAAAUGAUCUUAAUAUA